UGUACAUGAGAGGAACGUCUUAUCGGCGAAAAAAGAUAAAAUGCUAUUCACUUGCAGUUUAACAUUUAUCAUUCUGAUAACGGUCACAUUCUGGUUAAUUGCUUUUUUAACGUGGCAUAUUUGGUCGCUGGGAUAUUGGAAAAGAAAAGGACUUCAUGGUCCAAGACCCACUUUAAUUUUUGGUAAUGCAACCGAAUUGUUAAAAGGACGAAAAACUCUUGGACAAAUUUUUAGUAAUUUCUAUAAGGAAUACAAGGCUAAAGGUCACCGUCACAUCGGGGCAUAUUUCUUCGGAUCGCCGUACUACAUUGCGAUAGAUUUAGAAAUAGCGAAGGCCAUUUUGCAAACGGACUUCCAACAUUUCCACAGUCAUGGAACCUACCUUGCCGAACGAGCCGACCCACUAACAGCGAAUAUUUUCAAUGUUCAUGGUGACAGGUGGAGAGACAUUCGCGGCAAGUUAUCUCCAGCUUUUACUCCGGGAAAAAUUAAAACGUUAUUCAAUUUGAUGCUACAGUGUGCCGGUAAUUUACGAGAAGAAUUAGAAAUAUUUUCAAAUGAUAACAGACCUUUUGACAUAAGGGAUUAUGCGGGUAGAUUUACUAUAGACAUAAUAAGUUCAACAGCUUUCGGUCUUGAAACGAGCUCAUUAAAAAACCCAAAAUCUAAAUUUCGUCAAUACGGUGACAAAGUUUUCAAAGCAACUGUAUCCGUCGUGCUACGAAAUACUCCACCAAUGGUGAUCCCUCAUAGAUAUUUAAGAGCGAUUAAUUACUCCAUAUUACGCACGGAUGUAAUAGAUUUCUUCCUAAACACGACGUUGUCAAACAUUAAGUAUAGAGAACAAAACAACAUCAAACGAAAAGAUUUUUUGAAUAUACUAUUAGAUUUGAAAAAUAACGAAAGUGAUUUGAACAAAAAGUUGACCGCAAAUGGAAUAGCGGCAGAGUGUUUCCUGUUUUUCAUGGCUGGUUACGAAACAUCCGCGGCCACCAUAAGUUUCGCUACGUACGAACUUGCCAUUAACUCCGAACUUCAAGAUAAAACUCGAGAGGAAAUUAAUAAAGUUUUAAGAAAAUAUAAUAAUGAAAUUACUUACGAGGCGCUUAUGGAGAUGGAGCAUUUAGAACGGGUUAUAUAUGAAACUCUACGAAAAUAUCCUCCAUUACCAUUUCUGUUCAGAGAAUGCACCGAAAAUUACAAAGUUCCCGGUGAAGAUUUACAAAUUGAGAAAGGAACUUUUACGACUAUACCGAUCCUUGGAAUCCACUACGAUCCUGAAUACUAUCCCGACCCUGAAAGAUUCGAUCCCGAACGAUUCUCUGAAGAAAACAGAAGAAGUAUCCCUCCGUUUGCAUGGCUCCCUUUCGGGGAAGGACCUAGAAUUUGUUUAGGGAUGCGUUUUGGACUAAUAGAAACAAAACUUGGACUUGUUACAUUAAUUCGAAAUUACAAAUUUAGUCUAAACAAAAAUACAAUAUAUCCAGUUGAAUUCGAUAUCAAAGGAUUAAUUGCGAAAUCUAAAGGAGAAAUGUGGCUUGAUUUGCAGAAA